UCUUGGGAUGUGCAGAUCAGAUAUUUUCUUUUUCUUCUCGCCGACCACAAUUUCAUUUCAACAAACCCCUACCAUCAAUCUUGACAGAUGCGUCCCCGCAUCACAAGGUGCAAAGUUGAAAAUCAAGGCUCGAUUGUUCAGAGAAACGAUUGUUCACAUCGGCCGCCGUAGGAAUAAACGGCAGGAUCAUGAUCUACUAGGCGAGCGGUUGGUCGUGGCUCAAUUAGGAGGCGGUCGACUUGGGGAUCUAGAAGGAUCAUCAAACUUUGAGUGGCUAAUCGCGGACAACAAUUUCAGGCAAAGGAUGAAAAAUGAAGAAGCUCCCAUCAGAACUGGUUACCCACCUGGGACUCCAGAUGCCCAUAAUUGUUACUGGAAUCGAUGGCCUACGCAUACAUUUGACUCUGUCCAGAUAAAUCAUGGCAUUUGCCUGCAAGCUCAUCUCGCCAAAACAGCCAGAAUGCUUACACAUGCUUCGUUUGUUGUAUCUAUCAAGCCACAUAAAGCCUUC